AUGAGACAGCGACGUUGGCUGGAAUUGAUUAAGGACUAUGACUGUACAAUUGAGUAUCAUCCAGGUCGAGCUAAUGUAGUAGCAGAUGUAUUGAGUAGGAACGUCAGUGGGAACUUAGCUCAUCUCAGAAUGGCCUAUCUUCCUUUAUUGGUGGAACUGCGGAAGGAUGGUGUAGAUUUGGAAAUGACGCAACAGGGAGGAAUACUUGCUAGUUUGCAUGUGAGGCCUAUUCUGGUUGAGCGGGUGACUGUAGCCCAAUUGGAGGAUCCUAAUCUUUGUGUGAUAAGGUUGGAAGUAGAGAAUGGCACAUGA